CUACUACUAUAAACAGAGUAAGGUAGCAAAAGGCGUCAUAUCUAGAGAGAGAAAGUUCAGACCAGACUGCGAGGAAGAAGAGAGAAGGUAGCAGAUCGGCUAUGGCGUCGACUAAGGAACGUGAAAACUUUGUCUACAUCGCCAAGCUUGCUGAGCAAGCUGAGCGCUAUGAAGAAAUGGUGGAUGCCAUGAAGAAGGUUGCUAAGCUGAAUGUUGAAUUAACGGUUGAGGAGCGAAACCUUCUCUCAGUUGGGUAUAAGAAUGUUGUGGGUGCAAGGAGAGCAUCUUGGAGGAUUCUGUCUUCGAUUGAGCAGAAAGAGGAAGCAAAGGGGAACGAUCUGAGUGUGCAACGCAUAAAGGAGUAUAGACAGAAGGUGGAGUCGGAGUUGUCAAAUAUCUGCAGCGAUAUCAUGAGUGUUAUGGAUAAGCAUCUUAUUCCCUCGUGCGCUGGUGGUGAAUCCAGCGUGUUUUUCUACAAAAUGAAAGGUGACUAUUAUCGGUAUCUGGCAGAGUUUAAGUCUGGUGAUGAGAGAAAAGAAGCAGCCGAUCAAUCCAUGAAAGCAUAUCAGGCAGCUUCCUCUACAGCUGAGGCUGAGUUACCUCCCACCCAUCCCAUCAGAUUGGGUUUGGCUUUGAAUUUCUCUGUCUUUUAUUAUGAAAUUUUGAACUCUCCCGAAAGAGCCUGUCACCUUGCCAAGCAGGCCUUUGAUGAAGCAAUCUCAGAGUUGGAUACUUUGAGUGAGGAGUCUUACAAGGACAGCACAUUGAUUAUGCAACUUCUAAGGGACAAUCUCACUUUGUGGACUUCUGAUAUUCCUGAAGAUGGAGCUGAUGAACAAAAGGAGUCUAACCGGACUGGUGGAGGUGAAGAUGCCGAGUAAAAAAUGACGAGGCCUUUGGCUAGGGUUUUGUGCUGUCUAUAAAAGAAGGCUAGUCUAUGCAACUCCUGGCGGUUUUUCUUUGUAUCUUCUCUCGGAAGUUCACAGUUUACCGUUGUUGUGAUAGGACCUGGAAGUUUUGUGCUAGAAACUUGCAAAUCCUAGGGCUUUAUUUCCCCAGUUGACUAAAUGGAAAGCAUUUCGAAGAUUUGCUAUAGGAAUAUCCCAUUCUGCACACCUUUUUAGCGUGUAUUUGAGACAUAUGUGAACAUAGUUUGGCUAUGAGUUGAUGGGUGCAUUUUUUCCCUUUAGUCAGUCCAAAUGGACAAUCGUACUGGUUACGGAAUUCUCCGGGAAAUUUCCUUUGAAAUGAGAUUAUUGGCGACUCAUUUGAUCA